UGCGGGGCAAUCAACUUCGGUUUGUUGUUGUUGUUGUGUGUCUGAUCGCAGUCCAUUUAGUAAAUAUUGUGCAAAAGUAGUAUAAUUAAGCGUCGUAUAAUGUCGGAAAUAGACGUUUUAAUUAGAGAGUGGGAUGAGCUAUCGAAUGAAUAUAAAAGUCUUGAGAAUGUGAAUAAAAGUUACUUGGAACUACUUGAUGGACUCGAGGAAAUGCAAUCAAAAUGCACAAAGGAUAUAUCACAUCAACGAUAUCGCAUGCUUCAAAUUGCAAAAACUUUUAGAAAUUGCCAAGCAUUAAAACAAAAAAGUAGCGAUGAUGUCGCAAAACUUGAGGAACUAGACAAAGACAUGCUCAAACGAAAGGCACAGCUGCAUGAAAUUGAACAAAGCUUACCACAAAAAAAUAGUUUAUACUUAAAGAUUAUUCUCGGCAAUGUGAAUGUCUCAAUUCUCAAUCGUGCUGAAAAAGUUCGUUACAAAGAUGAUUAUGAGAAAUUUAAAUUUAUUCUCAAUAUUAUUGGAUUAACAAUGGCAGUACUCAAUUUACUGAUAAAUUUUCGUGCACUGGAAUUAGCAUUUAUGUUCCUACUCGUCUGGUACUAUUGCACAUUGACGAUUCGUGAGUCAAUAUUAAAAGUUAAUGGAUCGAGAAUUAAAGGCUGGUGGCGAAUGCAUCAUUUUAUAUCUACUGUUUGUGCUGGUGUUUUACUUAUUUGGCCACAAGGCGAAAUAUGGCAGCUAUUCAGAACGCAGUUCAUGUACUUUAAUGUCUACAUCAGUUUCAUUCAGUAUCUCCAAUUUGCUUACCAAAAGGGAGUUUUAUAUAGACUUAAAGCGCUUGGCGAACGACACGACAUGGACAUAACAAUUGAAGGUUUUCAUUCAUGGAUGUGGAAGGGAUUGACUUUUCUAUUGCCGUUCCUUAUUGGCGGAUAUGUUUAUCAAGCAUACAAUAGCUACACGCUAUAUAAUUUAUCGAAACAUAAAGAUGCUCCGUGGCAAGUUUCCGUACUCAGCAUUUUAUUCCUGUUCUUAUUUAUUGGUAAUACGUGGACAACAAUCAUGAUAAUACCACAGAAACUGCAAGGACAGAUUAAAGAGAGAUAUCGACUUAAGAGCAUGUCGUGGGCAAUGAGAAUCCGACAGCAAAUUAAGGGUGAAAAGGCUGAGAAAAUUCGAAUGAGUGAAUCACAUGACGAUGGAUACAUAGAAGCCGAGACAGCUAAAUCGAAAUAAGACAAUUAUUCUUUAAAAUUUCCUUAUAAUUGAGUGAAAAUAUGGGAUAGGAUGUAGUUUGAUGGAUAUUACAUGUGUAUGCAAUGUAAAUCAUUAUUUAAUGAUGGAUGGGAUAUGAUUGAUAAAUAGAUGAAAUUUAAUUUACUUUGUU